CCCCUCCUCAAAUGACAUGGAGUGACGCACUCGCGGCAGGCACAGACCCCGGAUUUAUUAUUAUCAGACAACACAGGCUAAUUGUUUCUUGACUGCACAUUGCGGCAACCUGGGGAACAGAGACGAAAAGCGUUCACUAUAGCUAAAUCUGUAUCUGACAACGGCGGACUUAGUAUGAGCCAUGUCAUGCCGUGUUGUUGGUGGAUGCGGUGGUGUCUGGGUCUAUUACCGCGUAGAGCUGAAAGGGGCGAGUGUCGACGGGGUGGAGCCGAAUAUAUAAUAAAAACGAUUGAGAAACGGCGUGGCGUUGCGGCAUCGGGCCCGCACUGCUCCCGAAAUCAAGCCACAGAACGGCCUUGUAAGGCUGGUGCUCCCCCGUCGGAGCCGGGUGAGACGCAGCGAACGCAAGCCCCCGCACCACGGAAGCAGAACGAAUGCACAACGGAAAAGAAAGAAACAGGGGGCCAAAGACAGGGCAAAAUGAGGACAAGGUGCAAUGCAAUCAUCCCACCGCGACAGAUGAAAUAGCUUAGGCUCGGGCAUAGGGGCUGAGGGGACCAGGCAAGACAUACUCUCUUCUUUUCAGCCGAACAGGGGCGUUUCAAGCAGCGUCGCUUGCCACCACGCUACGUAGUCCGCUCCGUACACUACGAGAUAACACUUGUGUAUCCUCGCAUCUCUAGUGUAAGGCGCUCAUCGUAGCGUAUUCUAGAGCAACUGCACUACCG